UCUCCUGAAAGGCUCCCUCUGAGGCAGCGAACCCUAAAUCAAACUCUUCAUCAAUUUGAUACAACGAAGAAGAAGAAGAAUUGUUAUAUAUAUAUAUAUAUGUUUUUGGAAGAGCCAUCGUCAUCGUCGUCAUCAUCAUCAUCAUGAGUUGCAAUGGAUGCAGAAUACUCCGCAAAGGCUGCAACGAUAACUGCAUUCUGAGGCAGAGUAUACAAGGAAUCGAUCCUCCACAAGCUCAGGCCUACGCUACCGUUUUCGUCGCCAAGUUUUUUGGCCGCGCAGGCCUCAUCUCUUUCCUCUCCUCCGUUCCUGAAUCGCAGAGACCUGCGCUAUUUCAGUCUCUAUUGUUCGAGGCGUGCGGGAGGACAGUUAAUCCGGUGAGCGGAUCCGUCGGAUUGCUGUGGACGGGGAACUGGCACGUGUGCCAGUCGGCGGUGGAGACGGUGCUCCGAGGCGGAGUCCUCCGCGCCUCGCCGGAAUUCGAAGAAGCUUCUGGAGAUAAUUACAACAGCAAUGAGCUGUACAGAUCCAGUGAUUUGAACUCGGGGAUAAAGCGGAAAGCUGGAUUCGAUCAGACGGAUCUCGAGGUGAGCGGCGUGGUCGAUCCUCGGCCGGCGCCGGCGGCGAGGAUGAGCUGCAGAGGGAGAGCACAUGAGCGGCAGGCUACGCCGUCGGAUGAGUCCGAAACGACGACGUUUGAGAGCGGUUUGUUGUUAUACCCUCCUCUUCAUAAUCAAGCUUUUGACCAAAACAAUGGAACCCAAACCAAACUCUUGCACCUCUUCUUUUAAUUUAAUUUAAUUUAAUCUAAUUAAAUAAUAUAAUGUGACCCUUUGGAUUUUUAUACUAUUUUGUAAUGGACAUUUAUCACAUUAAUAUUUUCCACAAUUUUGGGGAAAUGAUUCUGCAUGGAGACUCUCCGUGUAAGUAUAUGUACUAUGCAUCAUAAUAACAAAAUAAGCAGAUUUAUUUUUUUUU